AUGCUGAACGUCCCAUCCCUCUACCGCAAACGAGCCUCCCCACCACCACCACCACCACCACCACCUGUACGAUUAACACCAUCACCAAACCUAACACCGGACCCAAAUCUCAAUCUCAACCACACUACGCAAACCCUCCCUUCCGGCACAACCUUCCACAUCUGGACCCCCUCCCUCUCCUCCCCGUCUGUCGCAACAAUCAUCCUCCAACACGGCUACGCAGAAUACUCCUUCCGCUAUCUAACAUCCCACUCCUCCCUAAUCACCCACCUGCUCGCCGCCAACUACACAAUCUACGCCCUCGACCUCCACGGCCACGGCACCUCUCCCGGCCACCCCCGCGCCGUCGUCCACCCGACCACCUCGAACUACGGCGUUAUGCUGUUGAACAAGGAGGGGGAAGACCGGUCGUGUUAUUCGGGCAUUCACUGGGCGGGUUAA